AUGGCGGCGUCGGCAGAGAUUAGCGACGGAGAUCACGAUGCGGUGGAGCUGAUUGUGUGCGACGUUUCAGCAUCAGCACAGGCACCCGAUGAAAUCAGCGGCGAUGGUGCCGUUUCAGCCUCAGAGGAGAUAACUCCUCUGUUGAAGCCUAAGAUCAAUAUCUUCUCCGUGUCUCACUCUCGCAGAAAACCUAGAGAGCAAGGGACAAAGUUAGCUGAAACAGAGACAUUUCCAGUAACGCAGUUUGUUUUGUGGAUAUGGGGUGGAUCGAGAUAUUCUGGUCUAUCAUGCGUGGCUGUAUCAUCAAUCAUCUACUUUGUCAUGGAAAUGCUUUCUGAUUUUUUCUCUGCUCAGCCAAUUCCUUUGUUUGAGACUGCAUUUACAAGGUGUACAAUAACCCUGAUAUUGUCAUAUCUGUGGUUGAGAAGAAAUGGACAGCCAAUAUUUGGACCAGCACAUGCUAGGAAACAUAUGUUUUCAAGAGCCUUAACUGGAUGCCUCUCCUUGUUGAGUUUUAUUUACUGCAUUCAGAGGUUACCUUUGUCCCAGUCUAUUUUAUUAAGUUUCACAACUCCCAUUAUGGCUUCAAUUGCAGCAAGAAUAAUUUUGCAUGAGAAGUUGAAAAUUGCCAAUGUUGGAGGUCUUGCGUGCAGUUUCUUUGGCGUGCUAUUCAUUUUUAGACAGAUACUUACUACACAAGGAGCAUUAGUUAGAGCUGGUGAAACAAAUUAUAUAGCCAUCAAGAGCAGCAACCAUGUAUUAACGGUGUUGGUUGGCUUGUUCUCAUCAAUAACUGGUGGAAUCAGCUACUGCCUUUUAAAGGCAGGUGCAAAGGCAUCUGAUCAACCUUUGACCACUGUUUUUUCAUUUGGUAUGCUGACUACUCCUGCCACAGUAAUAUGUACAUUUGCCUUUGAGGAUUGGAUGUGCAAGCCCACCACAGCAAGCAAUGUGCAAAGCCUGAUGAAUGCAUUUACUAUGCCUACUCUCAACCCUGUGAAAAGUGAACAGGAUAAUGACAUGCAGUUUAUCUUGAAUGCCAUCUUGGAAAUGAAAUCAUUCUCCAGUGCUGUUCAUGAAAAUUUUCAAAUUUUUACCGCUGCUGUUGAGGUGUUUUUGGCACGCGGACUUCAGCUUGAGAAUAUCAGCAAAGCUGCAAAUGUCUUGUACAUGGAGGCUGCCUUAUCACAGCUAUGGGGAAUUGGUUCAUUGAGGGUAACUCCAUCUUUUGGUGGAUUGGUUGGAUCGAAACGUAAAACAUUUAAAGGAGGUGAGACUGAGGCGUUGUAUAAGAUGGCAGAAGUCUGGACUGCCUACGUCGGUCUGGACAUUGCGUGGAAAUGUGGAAUAAAGGCAGGAGUAAAUGGAAUGGCAGACAUUAUUAGUCACCCUCCCAUGGAACAACUCCAAGACCUUGAAUACUGCAUAGACUCUAACCCUCCUUGGGCUGAAACCGUCAUAUUAGCGUUUCAAAACUACAUUGUAAUGCUGGGCACAAGUGUAAUGAUCCCUUCUGUACUCGUUCCAGCAAUGGGCGGCACUGACGGUGACAAAGCUCGAGUAAUUCAGACUCUGCUCUUUGUAGCUGGCAUUAACACACUUCUCCAAGCACUUUUUGGUACAAGGUUGCCAGCAGUAGUGGGAGGGUCCUAUGCUUAUGUGAUUCCUAUUGCUUACAUUAUAAGUGACUCUUCUUUGCAACGGAUUACGGACGGUCAUGAUAGAUUUAUACAAACAAUGCGAGCCAUCCAGGGAGCUUUAAUUGUAGCCUCCAGCAUACAAAUCAUCCUGGGUUAUAGUCAAGUUUGGGGUUUGUUUUCAAGGUUUUUCAGUCCUCUUGGUAUGGCACCUGUGGUUGGAUUGGUUGGUUUAGGAUUGUUUCAAAGAGGAUUUCCUGCUUUGGGUAAUUGCGUGGAAAUCGGGAUCCCAAUGCUGCUGUUAGUUAUUGGAUUGUCACAAUAUCUCAAGCACAUAAGACUAUCAAGAGACUUCCCAAUAUUUGAACGAUUUCCAGUGUUGAUUUGCAUUGCAUUUGUCUGGAUAUAUGCUGUCAUUUUAACUGCUAGUGGGGCUUACCGGGAGAAGCGAUCUAUAACUCAGCAUAGUUGCCGUACGGACAGGGCAAAUCUUAUAUCUGCUGCCCCAUGGUUCAAGUUCCCGUACCCUCUGCAGUGGGGCCCACCAACAUUUUCAGCUGGUCAUUCAUUUGCUAUGAUGUCUGCAGUUCUUGUAUCUAUGGUUGAGUCAACUGGUGCAUACAAGGCAGCAUCUCGUUUGGCUAUCGCUACUCCACCUCCUGCUUAUGUAUUGAGCAGGGGCAUUGGCUGGCAAGGCAUUGGCAUAAUGCUUGAUGGUCUGUUUGGGACAGGCACUGGUUCCACCGUUUCUGUAGAAAACGUGGGACUCCUUGGACUGACUCGAGUUGGAAGUCGCAGAGUUGUUCAAAUAUCUGCUGGCUUCAUGAUAUUCUUCUCCAUCUUAGGGAAAUUCGGAGCGGUGUUUGCAUCCAUACCCUUCCCAAUAUUUGCUGCAUUAUACUGUGUUCUUUUUGGCCUUGUUGCUUCAGUGGGACUAUCAUUUCUUCAGUUCACAAACAUGAAUUCCAUGAGAAACCUCAUAAUUACUGGGCUGUCACUCUUCCUUGGCAUUUCUGUCCCCCAGUUCUUUAAUGAAUAUUGGAAUCCCUCACACAACGGUCUCGUCCAUACUAAUGCUGGAUGGUUUAAUGCUUUUCUGAAUACCAUAUUCUCAUCUCCGGCAACAGUGGGGUUGAUUGUCGCCGUGUUCCUGGACAACACGUUAGAGGUGGAAAGGUCAAAGAAAGACCGAGGAAUGCCAUGGUGGGCAAAUAAAUUGGAACUCCAGUAUCUGGCAAUUUCUACUAGUGCUAGUAACUAUCAAGACCCUGACAAUGCCAACCAGAAGCAGAGGCUAGAAAACCCUAAAGUUCUUCAAGAGCGCGAGCGUAUUGCAGAGCAGAGAGAGAAUCGAGGAUGA